UUCAUUUUGCGAAUCGAACGUCAGUAGCCUGUCCGCACGUGGUUUGUUGUGUUAAACACACUCUGGUCUUCUGUCCAGCACUUAAACACGACCUGAACGAGACACAGGAUCCCGACUGUAGCCUGCACUUCAUCAGAAAUAACGUCAGAGGUCAUGGCGGAGCGGGUGCUGGUGGUGGGCAGUGGAGGGCGCGAACACGCACUAGCGUGGAAGUUAGCGCAGUCGCCUCUCGUUCAGCAGGUCCUCGUGGCUCCUGGGAACGCCGGCACGGCCAACAGCGGCAAGAUCUGCAACUCGGAGGUGUCUGUGAACAAUCACUGUAUUUUAGCGCAGUAUUGUAAGGAUCAUAGCGUGGGACUCGUGGUCGUUGGUCCAGAAGUUCCUCUGGCUGCUGGCAUCGUGGACGAUCUGACGGCCGCCGGCGUGUCGUGUUUCGGCCCGUCGGCGAAGGCUGCACAGCUGGAAGCUAGCAAGAGUUUCUCCAAGUCCUUCAUGGACCGUCACAACAUUCCCACCGCCCGCUGGAGCUCCUUCACCGACCCGCAGGAGGCCUGCGAAUACAUCCGAGGCGCGGGGUUUCCCGCUCUGGUGGUGAAGGCCAGCGGAUUGGCUGCUGGGAAGGGUGUCGUAGUCGCUCGCGAUAAAGACGAGGCCUGUCAGGCGGUUCUGGACAUCAUGAAGGACAAGGCGUUUGGUUCUGCUGGUGAGACUGUGGUAGUGGAGGAGUUGCUGGAAGGAGAGGAAGUGUCUUGUUUGUGUUUCAGCGACGGCGUCACAGUGUCACCGAUGCCGCCGGCUCAAGAUCACAAGCGUCUGAUGGAUGGAGACGAGGGGCCGAACACGGGCGGCAUGGGCGCGUACUGCCCGACACCACAGGUGUCGGAGGAAGAGCUGCAGGAGAUCACGAGAUGCGUUCUGCAGAAGACCGUGGACGGCAUGAGAGACGAGGGAGCGCCGUAUGUGGGUGUGUUAUACGCCGGACUGAUGUUGACUAAACAGGGACCGAAAGUCCUGGAGUUCAACUGUCGCUUCGGCGACCCCGAGUGUCAGGUCCUGAUGCCGUUGCUGAAGUCUGAUUUAUAUGAGGUGUUGAAGAACACGCUCCGGUCGGACCUGAGCUCGAGUCCAGUGCAGUGGCUGGAGGACGGUGUGGCCGUCACUGUGGUCAUGGCCAGCGGAGGAUAUCCCGGCUCAUAUAAGAAGGGUCUGGAGAUCUCCGGUUUGUCCCGGGUGUCAGAGAUGGGCGUUCAGGUGUUCCAUGCAGGCACUGUGCUCAAGGAAGGGGGCGGGGUUAUUACGAGUGGUGGGCGUGUCUUAACUGUGACCGCGGUCCGGCCCACUCUUCAGAACGCCUUACGCUGCGCCAAUGAAGCCGUGGCAACGAUCAGCUUCCCUGAUGCCGUGUACCGGCGUGACAUCGGCCACCGCGCCAUCACGUACCUCACCCGCACCAGAGGACUGACGUAUAAAGACAGUGGCGUGGACAUCACCGCUGGAAACAGACUCGUGGAGCUGAUCAAACCUCUGGCGAAGGCCACGUCUCGACCAGGCUGUAACGCGGAGCUCGGCGGGUUCGCGGGGCUUUUCGACCUGAAAGCUGCCGGAUUCAUCGACCCGAUCCUGGUGUCUGGAACAGACGGAGUGGGAACUAAACUGAAGGUGGCUCAGGCGUGUGGCCUGCACGGCACUCUGGGACAGGAUCUGGUGGCGAUGUGUGUGAACGAUGUUCUGGCUCAGGGAGCGGAGCCGCUGUUCUUCCUCGAUUACUUCUCCUGUGGACGCCUGGACGUGGGAGUCGCGUCGUCUGUGAUCGGAGGAAUCGCAGACGCCUGUCAGAUGGCCGGGUGUGCGCUGAUAGGAGGAGAGACGGCGGAGAUGCCGGGUGUGUACGGCCCCGGGGAGUACGAUCUGGCGGGCUUCUGCGUGGGGGCCGUGGAGCGCGGGGCCGUUCUGCCCAGACUCAGGGACAUCGCGGAGGGAGAUCUGCUCAUCGGCGUGGCCUCGUCGGGGCUCCACAGCAACGGCUUCAGCCUCGUGCGGACGGUCCUGGAGCGGCUCGACCUGCAGUACGGCUCGCCGGCGCCGUUCGGGCGCCCGGGACAGAGCAUCGGUGACGUCCUGCUCACGCCCACCAAGAUCUACAGCCGUUUGCUUCAGCCAAUCCUGCGCAGCGGAGCCGUGAAGGCCUACGCCCACAUCACCGGAGGCGGGCUCUUGGAGAACAUCCCUCGCGUUCUCCCGCCAGAGCUGGCAGUGGACCUCGACGCGUCGCGCUGGAGGAUCCCGUGUGUGUUCUCGUGGCUGUGUGUUCACGGGUGUGUGUCAGAGGAGGAGAUGAGCCGCACCUUUAACCUCGGCCUGGGGGCUGUGCUCGUGGUCAGCAGACCUGAGGGCCAACGAGUGCUGAGGCUCCUGAGGGCCCAAGAGGAGGCCUGGGUCAUCGGGUCACUCGCUCACAGACAACACGGUCAGAACACACUCCUCUAUACACACACACACACUUUUGCUGCUGUUGAACGUAUAGGUUCGGAGCCUGUGCUGAUCAGGAACCUGGAGCGGAGUCUGAAGGAGAGUCCGGGUCGCUCUCCCGACACCAGCGCUCUGCAGAACGGGUCUCUUCACGGGGAACAAUCCUCACGCAAGAGGACCCGAGUGGCCGUGCUGAUCUCGGGAACCGGAACGAACCUGCAGGCGCUGAUGGAGCAGGUGAAGAAGCCCUCGAGCUCGGCGGAGAUCGUGGUGGUCAUCUCCAACAGGCCGGGCGUCACGGGGUUAAAGAGGGCGUCCAUGGCCGGCAUUCAGACACGGGUCGUGGAUCAUAAGCAGUACGGCAGCAGAGCCGAGUUCGACGGCACCAUAGACCGGGUCCUGGAGGAGUUCGGGGUGGAGCUGGUGUGUCUGGCGGGUUUCAUGCGGAUCCUCACGGGACCCUUCGUCCGGAAGUGGAGCGGGAAGAUGCUGAACAUCCACCCGUCGCUGCUGCCGUCCUUUAAAGGAGUGAACGCUCAGAAACAGGCGCUUCAGGCCGGCGUGCGUCUCACCGGAUGCACCGUUCACUUCGUGGCCGAGGAAGUGGACGCCGGCGCGAUCGUGGUUCAGGAGGCGGUUCCCAUCCUGAUGACUGACAGCGAAGACAGCCUAUCAGAGCGCAUCAGGGAGGCGGAGCAUCGAGCCUUCCCAGCAGCCCUAGAGCUGGUGUCCAGCGGGGGAGUGAAGCUCCGAGACGACGGGAGGAUCGUGUGGAACCACAGCCUUCAGGGAUAAACACACACACACACACA